GGCUCCACCAAGUCAUGGCACCGGAGGUAAACCGAGGAAGCGAUGAACAUGAACCCGGGGUCAACGGCGGGCCGGAGACGGCGGAGUUGGUGUCGGUGCAAGCGCGAUUUCGCAGACGCCGGGCUGUACUCUUCCUUGCAAUUUCAGCUAUCGGUGCCGUGUUUUCUACAGUUAUUAUAACCGUACCGAUAAUAAUGCUGGCUGCAAAUCGCGAGAGGCCACGCGAGAGCCCCACCAAAUCCCCAGACUUGACCACUACCGCACAAGUGUACAGCUGGGCCAUGUGGGAGCCUUGGCAAAUGCGUAAUCUGAGCUGCGCUCAGGGUGUCAAAACACGCAUGCGCAAUUGCACCUCUUUGUCACAGAACCACAACGCAAGCCAGUGCCCAGGCUCCGCUGAAGAGAGGGUUGUCUAUGAACUGACCAACUGUAGAGAUUGUUUGGAUCUGUAUCGCUCUGCCAGUGUUCGCAAGAAUGGCGAAUACAUGAUAACACCAGACGGUCACAGCUCGUCCCCAGUCUACUGUGACAUGACCACACAAGGAGGUGGCUGGACUGUUUUUCAGAGGCGUGCGGACGGCACGACAGAUUUCCAUCGUGGCUGGAACCAGUACAAAACAGGUUUUGGAAACCUGUCAGACGAGUUCUGGCUCGGAAAUGAUCUCAUUCAUUUACUUACAAAGCAACCCUCAACUUUGCACGUUGAGAUAGAGGACUGGAACGGAGUUAAGAAGAUCGCCGAUUUUGGGCGUUUCCAGGUUGAGGGCGAGACAUCUGGUUUUCGUUUAACAGUGAGUGACUUUAGCAAAGCGAGUACUGCUGGGAACUCCCUGGCUGUGCAUAACAGGAUGAAGUUCACAACCCACGACCGUGAUAAUGAUAUGCUGCGCGGUCACAACUGUGCUUCAUUGUUGAGUGGAGGAUGGUGGUUUACAGACUGUCACUUUAGCAAUUUGAAUGGAGAAUAUGUCGGGGAUAUAGUCAACGAGAAAGGUGUCGUCUGGUACCAGUUUGAACAAAGCUUUAAGUCUUUUCGAUUAACACAAAUGAUGACUCGGCCAAUAGUAUAAUGGGGAUAUACACCGUUUGUCGAAUGGGAUCCAUCAAAGAUCUUUCUUGGGUCUUCAUGUUCAAAGCUUUAUCAAUUUUAUUUUUUGUGCUUUUAUACGCUAUAAUAGACUAUACUCUAAAGUCUGAAAUCGUUGUUCCAGAAUCCAAAAUUCUCGUCUCGCUUAAGAAUAGCCCAAAGAUAAUCAAACAAAAUAAGAAACAAAAAAAACGCCCCCCAAAGUUUUACCAGUUCCAAAGCCUCGAACGUUGCUUUUGGCAACUGAUUCACAUAUGCAAGCUAACGAUGUUGUGACGCAAUGCUUUGGAACAAGAGGGAGAAAAUAUGGACUUCCUCUUAGGUAUGAGUCUAAGUGUGAUUCCUCCAUGACGGUGAAUAUAAAUCACUAUCAGGUGAAGUGUCAUAUACAGUACUAGGUCAGUGGUCAACAUUUCAAUCAUAAUGUCAAGUACUCAGGGGUCCAUCCUUGCAAGUACUGAGGGUAAGGGCUGGUGAAAUCACCUGACAAGAUUGAUAUACAUACAAACAACACAGCAAAUAAGCAACCAAGUUUUGUGAGAAAUAUACAGUAGUGCUGUUUAUAAUAAGAAUAACUACAAAAUUUUUAAAAUGUGAUCGCUUAUACUAUAAAAUCCUAUUUACACUUUACUCUAAUAAAUAAUAUCAUUUUCAGGUAUUAUUAAAAGUAUGCUAAAGCUAAGACUGUUCAUCUCUCAACACUUCACCUAAUAAUCCAGGGAUAAGAAAAUCUGCCUGACCUUUGUUGAACCCCUUUGUAGUGUCAAUAAAAGCCUGAAAGGAAUGA